CACCUUUGAAAAUGUGUAUCUUGUCCAGGAGCCCUUGGAGCUUGGGUGUAGAGAUUGUCUGAUGUUCACUCUCCUGUACCUGGGCCAAGAGAAGGCGUUUGAUGGAGUGGGCUACAGGUAUCUCCAAAGAACUCUACUGGCCUUCGGUUUCAGGCCCUGUUUCAUGGGCUUUUUCCAGGGAAGUGCCCCAGGCAUCCACAGGGUUCUCCCCAUUGGAGCUGCUAUACAGAAGAAGGCUGAGCUGAUGAGGGAUGAAUGAGAUGCAGUAAGAGCCAGUGACUGUGCUCUUGACGAAUGCUGGAUCCCAAACGUCCACAAGCAAUUCUGCGUGAGGACUUUUGAUUCUCCAUGGAAGUGCAGGGAGGAGGGAAGCAAGCAUCCGGUGACAGAAAAUGGAUGAUGUUCCAGUCUGGAGGCCCUUUUUCGAAGAUGCAGCGUGGGCGGCUAACGCCAAGGAUAGAAAUGCUAUGGACUCAAGCCUCCACCAGGCCUGUCUGCAAACUGGAAUAAGAGCAGCACCCUGUGAACAAAAGGGCACGAGGAGCAAAUCAAACGGCCCUCAGAGAAGCCAGACUCAGCAGAGCCGGCCACUGAUCAAGCAUGCUAGGAAUCCAGGCGUGAUUGAGGCCGUGCUGGUACCUGCCAAAAGGACAGAUAGCCCAUCUCUACUGGACAGUUCAAGAAGCAUAUCAGAGAAAUGGCAGAUGGCUCCUAAGAAAAAGCCAUUGCCACAGGCAGGUGUACUAGGACAAAAGCCAAUGAAACCUCAGCGCCCUCCUAUGGUGGAUCUACAGAGGUUCUGGAAGGCUGCAGCCAUCAGAACACAUGCGUCUCCUGCGCCAGAGCCCCUGCGAGGCAGGCAGCACGCCUUUGCCAUAGGUCACCUGAAACCACAUCAUGCUGUGGCUUCCCCAGUCCGACUUUCAACUCAGAAUGCUCUGUCUCCUCACGUCCCGAGUUCAGCAAGAGAAGUCCCGAGAUGUGACCAAGAGGAGAUAUAUGACGAUGUAGAAGCAGUUGGGCCAAUAGGCAAAGGAAAAGAAAUUCUAUUAACACCUGCUUCCCAGCUACCAGCAAGUCCCCCCCUUAAAGCAGGUGAAAGUGCCGAUCUGACCCCUGACGGAUUUUCUCCACCGCCCAGUGAGCCCAGACAAUCCCAGAUGUCAGAGCUAAGGGGGAAAAGAGUGAAGAAUCUCAAACAGUUAAAAAAAGAAGAGCAGGCAGACAAGGAAUUUCGGAAGAAAUUCAAGUUUUUAGGGGAAAUCCGUGCUCUCACUCGAAUGAUGGUCGAUCCCAAUGUGACUGAGAAGAAGGGGGCAGGGAGGAAUCUGCCACUCAAACGAGGAGAAAUUCUGGAUGUCAUUCAGCUAACGAGUCCGGAGAGAAUACUUUGCCGCAACAAGCAGUGGAAGUAUGGCUAUAUCCCCAGGGCAGUGCUGCUGCAGCUUGACACAGACAUUUAUGAUGACAUUGCCUUUUGUGAUGAAAGUAAUUCUUCUGCCAGAGUCAGCAAGUGAUCUCUCCAGCUGGGGGCAGGGAGUGAAGCUAGAAACAUGAAAACUGUUAAAUGCAAGUUUGGGAGUUACCUUUCCACAGUUAGUGCUCAAAAGACAGCGGGUGCUUUCUAACAUGGUGGGAUGGUUAAUUUUUUAAUAAGUUUGGCUUCUGGGCAGAUCUUGCCCCACAUUCAGCAAAACUACUCAAAAAUAGGACAGGGGCCACAAAAGUGUUCAGAGGAACAGGUUACAGAUUACUUGGAAAUAAACUGUCUGCUGCGCUUCUUGUUUUGGUCUGUGUAGAGAAUGGUGAUGAUCCCUGAGUUUGUUUUUUUAAAAUUUUGCUGGCUAUUCAGCUUCGGAAUCCAGGUCUCAUCUGUCUUCUUUUUCCUGAGAGGAUUCUGCUAUCUCUGCUACUAAGUUUGUGAAGCCUUGGUAACUGAAAAGGAGUAGAGAGUUCAGUAAAAUUAUAUAGUGUAAAUACACCACAACAGCUGGGAGGAAGGGUAUGUCUGUUAGUGAUUCAAAGCCUCACCCCUUUCAUUGGGAGCUGGAAAGGCUCCUACUUUGAGUCUGCUGUGGGAAAACGUAGCAUGUGACAAAAUUAGGGAAGACCAAACCAGAUAGUCCUGAUAGCUUGAAGGUAAAGACAGGUGAAGUUUUCAAAAAACCUUUUAUGCUCAGAAUGGAAAUAAAAAGGGACAAUUCCUUCCCCCUUUUUUUGUAAGUGAGAUAGUGACAAUCCAA